AUGCCAGGCUCGCGACUACAGAUCCACUUGUUCCGUGACUCUUUCAAUACUCCUUGGGGAUUUCGGCUCCAGGGAGGAAAGGAUCUGCACCAGCCACUGACCGUACAGAGGGUGUUUUCAAACAGUCCGGCAGAAGGUGAGCUUCAGAGAGGUGACGUCAUUUUGUCCAUCAAUAACCGCGAUGCCAGCGAGCUGACCCACAAACAGGCCCAAGACCUGAUCAAACACGGGGGCGGCCAGAUCGAACUGGUGAUCAACAGGCCCCCUCCGGGAGUGAGUCUUUGGCCUCUGUCUCCUCCCAUCAUAACACACCAGCCCAGAGCACCUUCACUAGCGAGUCCAUCCCCGCCCUCCUCGUCCUUCCGGCAGAUCCCAAUACAAGUUUUAAACCUAAGCCCUCAGCCUCGAUCUGAUGGUGGCUUCCAGCAGCCCACCACAAAACCUGUGAGACACCCAAUCCACGUGCAGCCCGCACGUGAAGCCCAUUUCGAACAGCAGCCCUCAUUUUCAAACCAACAGCCCAAAACCUCGACGCCUACCAGCCCGGUUCCUUCAUGGGCGGCGCAACACUUCAUACCAAAGAAGGUUUUAACCCUGGCAAAACUCGGAGGCGGUGGACAAGACUUUGGAACCGCCUAUGCCACUUUCCCCCGGCGGGCAUCUUCGACAAACUAUGGCGCGAGCGGGCGCACCCAGGGCCACACCCUCCACGAGACAGAUGAGACCCCGGAGGAUCACCUGGCCACAGGGCCCAUCCCCAAAGUGGGUCACCUCCGGAAUCUCGAUGGAGGCGGACGAGAGUUUGGAUCUGCCUUUGGAUCGGCCACUCUGCCUCGAUCCGGAAAAGGCCAUCGACUGACGCACCCACCAGCCUCGUCUCACGCUGGAGGGCAUGGGUUCCAGCCCUCGAAGGUUACCCUGAAUAAAUUUGGUGGCGGUGGGCGAGACCUUGGAGUAGCCUACGGUCAGCGGAACCUGGAUAGGUUUGAACCCCGACACGAUAAACAUGGCAUGCUCAGCAGAGUACAGAACAGUCUGGACAACCUGGUGCUGUCUCCUCGAUCGCCGGAGAUCCACUCCAGCUCUCCAUUCUACCAGCCUUACACUCCUCCGUACCAGCCUCCUCAGCAGAUGUACACGCCCACUGGCCUUCUCCUAGAGCAGCAGCAGCAACUGCAGCAGCAGAAUCAGGGUGAGGCUUUGCCGCCUGUGUGGGAGAGGAGGAGGCUCUUUCAACAGGGACCUGUUCAGACCUCAGGCAACGUCCCGGCCUACAAAUCAGCCCCAACGGUUCCCAAGCCACAACCAGGGCCCAGCAGUUACGGAACUUUCGGCAUUGACUACACCCACCCAACCAGCAAGCAGCCUCAGUCUGGAUGGAGACCUGCUCCUCAGUUCAACGCCUCACAGGCUCCGAUCAAGUCUGCCCCGCCUCAGUACACGUUUGCUCCGCCUCCAACCUCAGAGAAACCUGCGACAUCAUCAUCAUACGCUCCCGCGCAUUCGGCCCCACCACCAUGGCAGCGAGCGCAAGAGCAGGAAAAUGGCGGGACUCCGGCCUGGCGCAGCAGCUUGAAGGCAACAGGAGUCAAACCCUGGGACAUGGACCCUGGAUACACCAACGAACAAGCGCCUAUCAGGUCGGUUCCGUAUACUCCAGCUCCGGCGAAAAGUCCUGUCACAUCAGGGCCAUUCAGUCCAACUGGAGCCACUCCAGGUGGCGCGGAGAAUGGUCCAAAAGUAAUGCACUUGCAGUAUAAUUCUCCUUUGAACCUGUACUCCAACCAGAAUGUGGCUGAAACACUAAAAGGCCAGACGCAAGCAUUGGCGGGGCAACCCCAACGUGGCGCUGCUCCUGUGAACGAGGCGGGUGAGAGAGACUGGAGCCAGUCCGCUGUGCUUCGGUUCAUCAGUCAGGAGGGUACCGGAAAGGGCAAGCAACUCACCCCCAGUGUUGCCCCCAAGCCCCAGUUUGGCCCAGUCCACACUGCCAGGUCUGCCCAGCCGUUCUACCAGGACUCAGGAGCCACGGAGUUUUAA